CCGGCGGGUCGGCUGAGGCUUCUGUGAGAAGGCGCUCGAGCCUGCUGAGCAGCGAACCGCAGAGGAGGCGGGGAGGCGGUGGCCGCGCUCGUUCACUUCCCGGCGCCGCCGAGGGUCCGCCAGCCGCGCCUCCAGCCCGCGUGCCGCUCGGUGGCUUCGCGCAGGAGCGCCCGCCGUCCGGCUGAGUCCCGGCCGCGGUCCAGAGUCUCCGGCUCCCUCUGACCCCGCGCGCGGGGCGAGCCGGCGCCACACCUGUGGAUUGGCCGUCGUCGCGGGUGUCCGCUGAGCAGCGCGCGAGGCGCGUCCCCUCAGCUCGGCUCCACGGGCAGAAUGGGGCUCCCGGCGCUGGAGUUCAGCGACUGCUGCCUCGACAGCCCGCACUUCCGAGAGACGCUCAAGUCACACGAAGCAGAGCUGGACAAGACCAACAAAUUCAUCAAGGAGCUCAUCAAGGACGGGAAGUCGCUCAUUAGCGCGCUCAAGAAUUUGUCUUCGGCAAAGCGGAAGUUUGCAGAUUCCUUAAAUGAAUUUAAAUUUCAGUGUAUUGGAGAUGCAGAAACUGAUGAUGAGAUGUGUAUAGCGAGAUCUUUGCAAGAAUUUGCCACUGUUCUCAGGAAUCUUGAAGAUGAGCGGAGUCGCAUGAUUGAGAACGCCAGUGAGGUGCUCAUCACGCCCUUGGAGAAGUUUCGAAAGGAGCAGAUCGGGGCUGCCAGGGAAGCCAAAAAGAAGUACGACAAAGAGACAGAGAAGUACUGUGGCGUCUUAGAAAAGCACUUGAAUUUGUCUUCCAAGAAAAAGGAAGCCCAGCUGCAGGAGGCAGACAGCCAAGUGGACCUGGUUCGGCAGCAUUUUUAUGAAGUGUCCCUGGAGUAUGUCUUUAAGGUGCAGGAAGUCCAAGAGAGAAAGAUGUUUGAGUUUGUGGAGCCUCUCCUGGCCUUCCUGCAAGGACUCUUCACUUUCUAUCACCAUGGUUAUGAGCUGGCCAAGGAUUUUGGUGACUUUAAGACACAGUUGACCAUCAGCAUACAAAAUACAAGAAACCGCUUCGAAGGAACCAGGUCUGAAGUGGAAUCGCUGAUGAAGAAGAUGAAGGAAAACCCCCUUGAGCACAAGACCAUCAGCCCCUACACCAUGGAAGGGUACCUCUACGUGCAGGAGAAACGUCACUUUGGAACUUCCUGGGUGAAGCACUACUGUACAUACCAACGGGACUCCAAGCAGAUCACCAUGGUCCCGUUUGACCAAAAGUCAGGAGGAAAGGGGGGAGAAGAUGAGUCCAUCACCCUCAAAUCCUGCACUCGGCGGAAGACAGACUCCAUCGAGAAGAGAUUUUGCUUUGACGUGGAAGCAGUAGACAGGCCAGGGGUUAUCACCAUGCAGGCGUUGUCGGAAGAGGACCGUAGGCUCUGGAUGGAAGCCAUGGAUGGCCGGGAACCUGUCUACAACUCAAACAAAGACAGCCAGAAUGAAGGGACCGCACAGUUGGACAGCGUCGGAUUCAGCAUAAUAAGGAAAUGCAUCCACGCGGUGGAAACCAGAGGGAUCAACGAGCAAGGACUCUACCGAAUCGUGGGGGUCAACUCCAGGGUGCAGAAGUUGCUGAGUGUCUUGAUGGAUCCCAAAGCAGCGUCUGAGACAGACACUGAUAUCUGUGCGGAGUGGGAGAUAAAGACGGUCACUAGUGCUCUCAAGACCUACCUGAGAAUGCUUCCAGGACCACUCAUGAUGUACCAGUUUCAAAGAAGUUUCAUCAAAGCGGCGAAGCUGGAAAACCAAGAGACCCGAGUCUCUGAGAUCCACAGCCUUGUUCACCGGCUCCCGGAGAAGAACCGGCAGAUGCUGCAGCUGCUUAUGAACCACCUGGCGAAUGUUGCCAACAACCAUAAGCAGAAUUUGAUGACUGUGGCAAACCUUGGCGUGGUGUUUGGACCCACCUUGCUGCGGCCUCAGGAAGAAACAGUGGCAGCCAUCAUGGACAUCAAGUUUCAGAACAUUGUCAUUGAGAUCUUAAUAGAGAAUCAUGAAAAGAUAUUCAACACCGUGCCUGAUGUGCCCCUCACCAACGCCCAGCUACACCUCUCCAGGAAGAAAAGCAGCGACUCCAAGCCCCCAUCCUGUAGCGAGAGACCCCUGACGCUCUUCCAUGCUGUGCCAUCCACAGAAAAACAGGAGCAAAGGAACAGCAUCAUCAACUCCAGUUUGGAAUCAGUCUCCUCAAGUGCAAACAGCAUCCCUAAUUCUAGCAGCAGCCUGCAGCCGAAUAUGAACUCCAGUGACCCAAACCUGGAUGUGAUCAAACCUACUCGGCCCAGUUCACUCCCCCCGAAUCCAAGCCCAACUUCACCCCUCUCGCCAUCAUGGCCCAUGUUCUCGGCGCCAUCCAGCCCUAUGCCCACCUCAUCCACGUCCAGCGACUCAUCCCCCGCCAGCACGCCGUUCCGGAAGGCAAAGGCCUUGUAUGCCUGCAAAGCUGAACACGACUCGGAGCUCUCGUUCACAGCAGGCACCAUCUUCGAUAAUGUUCAUCCAUCUCAGGAGCCUGGCUGGUUGGAGGGGACUCUGAAUGGAAAGACUGGCCUCAUCCCAGAGAACUACGUGGAGUUCCUCUAACCUCCGGCCCCAGCAGAGCUGCUGAGCUUUACGUGGUCUCCAUGACAACUACUGAUUCUGGUGUUGUGGACCACUCUUCAUUGCCACUGAGAAAGCAGGGAGCCUGACUGUUGCUUCUUGCCAACAUGAAUGCAUCUGGGAACUUGUGUCACGUCUCUCCAUGAUCAUCUCAGCUGACAGCACCACAGUGAUGCUGCAAGAACUGAAACCCAGUGAGCAGAGGAGGCCAUUUGAUUUUGGUAACCCAGAGAAAGGCUUGCAAAGCUGUUUUCUCCUGCGUGCCCUAAAUAGCAAGCCCUGAUUUCAUUUCAACCGUCAUCCAAACCCCCAGCCUCCUGGAAAGAGGAAACAAGGAGAAUAGUCCUACAGAAAGUGCAGCGUUGUUGAAUUGGACAAGGCAGGGCACUACACUGCAAGCUGCCUCUACUGCUGUUUACAGCGGACACUCUUUCUCUCUCCUUCCUUCUCCCAGAGACACAGUGCUGCAGGCAGCUGGGCCUGUCGGCAAGCACACAGGAUGAAGGGGUCGCCGCACUGUUUAUGUAAGGUCCAAUCUCUCACCAUCUCUUGAGCAGCUGUUGGCCCAUAAUCAGCAGAUUUCAGUCCAGUCCUCUUAUGCAAAGAAGCACAUGCCCCUCACGUUCUCUGCCACUGAAGGCUUCCAUCACUGCCAUCACCUAGUAACCAUAGCAACCCAACCUACUCUAAAACUAAGCCAAAAAUAAUACUCCUCUUUGUAUGACACCGCCUUCUACCAGCUCUAGUGGUUUUCUUGAAUGGUCUCCCAACAAUCUGAAGCAGAGGAUUAGACCAUUAGGGUGGUCUAUCCGGGGCAGACAGGAUAGCAACUGGGGACUGUCCCUUUUCUGGUGAAUGUCUGCAUCACCAGGAUAGGUUUGGAGCAAACUCUAGGAACCUGUUGAGAUCAAAUCCCAUACAUGGUUAAUACUUAUGUUCUUCAUGCAAUGAGUUCUUGCUUCAGAGGGUAAGAUGCUGCCUCCCUCCGGGCUAGCGUUUGAUGGGUCCCUUUCAGUCUCCCCUCUCCCUGCUGCCUGUCUUUGCUCUGCCAAUGACCCCCAACUGCUCCCUAGAAUGCUUUUGCUAUGGAGGUCCUGUGGAGUUUAGAGAUGACUCUUGGGCCAAACCUGUAGCCUGCAUUUUUAAAGGACCUCUGUCUACACUGCCACCCAGGAAAAGAAGGAAUCAUGAACUAGGUUGCCCAGGCAUGAGCCUAUAUAGACCGUUAAGAACCUGGAAGACACCAGAUGUUGAGGCCUCCAGGCUAGGGUGGGCGCCUUCUAGGAGAGGGGAUUUCUAAAUAAAAGGCGCCGGGUUUUAACUGUUGUGCCCGAGAGACCACCUGGACAUUGCGAUGUCACAUGACCUCCAAAGAACAGAAUCGUGGUAUCUGCACACAUGAAUGACCUUAGUAGACAGACUCUGGACAAUCUGUCACACUCGCCAGGAGCCCCUUGGAUGGCAGGGUUGCUCGAGAGUGUCUCUGGCUCUGGAAUUCCCUAGGGUUCUUUAAUGAAGAAAAGAAAAACUUGAAUUGUGUUGAAUUACUGUAUCUUUUGCUUUUUUUUAAAAGAUAAACUUGUAAAUAGAAUGAUUUGAAAUAUUAUAUGGUAAAGUUUUAUAUUUGAUAUUUUAAGCUAGUCGCUCCAUGUAGUUAGCAAUUUUGAUUGCCUAGCAGGUGUGUUGAAAGGGUGGGAGAGGCAAGGCUGAUGAGUCAAGGUCAUGGCCCCUCUCUGACCCAGAGAGAGAAUGUUUCCUUAUGGUUCCUGUCGGUUAACCCGAAAACCUGAAAAGCUAAUUGUAUUCGGUUUUCUUUAUCUCCAUGUGAUUUGGGGCUUUAGAGUUCAAAAAGCAUUUUCAGGUAAUAAACUCCCAACUUACAGUAAAGUGGCACUCAGGAUUUAAAUAGGCGGGGCAAGGGGAGACGAGUUUGUUUUUGUUUGUUCUUCUCAGGUGUAUUUCUUGGUAUCCCAGGAUGUCCAGACAAAAGGAGAGGCUCCUUUUCUUCCUCACCUCCUAAGGUUUUAUAGAUACAGCCUAGCUAGUAUGUAAAAGUGUCUAUCAGUUCUAAGAACAAAAGAAAGUCAGCUGCUAUGACUCUGAGUCCUCUCUUUCUGUAGAUGUGUUUCUGUGCUCCCGUUUCACCUCCAGGUUCCCUACAGCUCCAAAGUCAAAGAACUUGCCAAGAGGGAGCUAGACUGCGCCAUUACAGUUUCCAGUGUGGCUGCAAUGUUAGUAGGAGUUCACUGUGACUCAGCAUUGAGUUUACCGGCUAAAGGACUGUCAUGUUGUCACUGGGGAACUCAUAGGAGUAAGGUGACUCCACCCUUCAGUCAGGGACCCAUGCUGAAGCAGAGCAAGGCAAACACAAGGCUCAGAACUGCCACUGAAGCUGGGUGUAAGGGCCCUGGCUGUAGUCUUGGCACUUGGGAGGCAGAGGCAAGAGGAUUGCUAAAGUCCUAAGCCAGGUGUGGGGGUGGGGAGCAGGGUUGAAAUCUAAAGGAAGAAAGGAAAUAGACUCUUCCCUGUGAGCUUGAGAACAAGUUGGGAAAUGGGGCCUGAAGGGCAUGCACGCUCAAAUAGCAUUGCGCUUUCCAAAUUGAAAGAGCCCAGCGUGAUCCUUUUAAUAUAUCUGAUGAUUUAAAUAGUCACCAGCCUCAUCAUAAGCGAGGUGUUCUGUAGUCAGGGCCCAGCAUGACUGCUUGGAUGCACAUUCCUCUCCUGAGCUGGCCGUGGUGUGAAGCUGCUCUCUGAGGCUGACCUCCUUCCAGUUUCCCCCAGGCCGUGUGUGGCCUAUGACAGAUGGCCACUCCAUUUCCCUCUGUCCAGCUAGGCCUCCCUUCUCCCCAUCAGCUGAAGAACUGGGGGGAUGCAUAUGAGCCAAGUGAACUGGAAGAUUAAAAAUGAAAUGUACCCUUUCUGCUCUCUGAACGCCCGUUAGCUCCCACAAAUAAGGAAAACUGGGGUAGGACGUGGGGAGUGAGUUACCAGAAUGGAAGUCCAUUGACCAAACUCCCAAACAUUCCCCGGAGCUUUGAGUUCCUCUUGUAAGGCCCUGUGAUCACUUGGUUCUGACCUGAAUUUGGGGGCCUUAUGAUGAUUGGCCUCACUCCUCCUUGAGAGACAGAGUUCCAUAACUGAACAGUGCCAUGCUGUGAGAAGGCAACUGUUUCAAAUCCCUGUCCCCAAGCAAGGGAAAUCUGGACUUGCUCAAGAUUAUUGAAAUUCUCUCCCAGUUUUCAAGAUCAGUGUAUAAGAGUCAACUCCAUUUAGUGGGCCCCUCCGUAUUCUAUCAGUAUUGGAGGCAGUUUUUAGUAUUUCUAAAGCCGAUAUGGGAAGUCUUGUGGGUGCUUUUCUACAGUGAAGCAAAGAGCAAGCUAGCAUGAGUACUCGCACAUUGACCCGGGUGGGCCGGAAACCAUGCUGGUUUCUUGGGAGGUGCAGGCACUUGCCCACAACUCCAGACACGAGUGUGCCACGCCUGGAUCUCAGAGAGAAAUCCUUGUCAAGUGCUUUUUCCUCCUGAAAACCAUAGCACCCAUCCUACCAAAAGCUAUUUCUCCAUCGUAGAGGUUCCAGAAGCAUCCAUUAUUGAGGCCUAGGGAUAUAAUAGACUAAAGAUGGUGUGACCAUUUCUCUGUUCGUGGCUAGCUGUUGGCACCUUUCAUCCUCUGGCCUCUGCUUCUCCUACCUUCAGAGCCAUGGAGCUCCCUGGUGCACCAGUGACACCCCAGCACCCCACAUUUGCUCUAUCGCCCAUCACUCCUAGGAGACAAGGGGACCAAGCAUCUGUUUAGAUACCCGACUUUCAAAGGAAUGUUCUGGGUGUCUGUGCAGGGAGCUAGCUGCCACCUCUGGCAAACUGACCAGUGAUCACUGCCAUCGACAGCCCUGCCCCAUAUAGCCCUCACACCCCACAGUGGGGGUUGUAAAAUGUCUUUUGUGCUCACAGAUUUCUGCAGCCAUGCUGAUCUAGUGGUUGCCUGUGAGCCUAGCAUCCAAAUGACAGCAGCUGAGAGCAGUGAGCCCUGCACGUUCUUCCAGCACACCUGAGACGAGACUCCAGCAAGUAAUAAUUAGUGUUCUUCCUUUCGCCGCCCACAGUACUUGUCUAACUUAAAGAGUUUCCUAAAGCAGACGAGAGAUUCCCCAUGUCACUCAGAGGCAGCCCUGUGUUCAUGGGAAGGAAAGCAUAGAUAUAAAAAUGCCAGGAUCGGAAAGGAAAACAUGAACCACUCUGAGGAGCCCCAGAUCUUUAAAGAGUGCUGUGAUAUUACUCUUACUGGGGGUGGAAGGUUGGGGGGCUGAAGGGUGGAAAUGGACUGUCACAGGAAGAAUUUCACAACUAAUAAUUUUUCACAAGUCUAUAGGAGAAAACAAAAUGAAAAUACCCUUCAUGGAAUGUCUUAGAGAGCAACUGAGCAUAGCCCUAACCCACGGAAGGUGAGUCAAGAACUGUUGUGUCAAAAUUAGUGGUCAGUGGGGAGCAGAUUAUGAGUCAUUCAAUGCCCGAGUGACCUGGAGUAGCUUCAGCCAGGCCGGGACAUUUGUGUCAUACCCCACUCACAGUUCCCAUAGGCUUCUGAGUAGCACCAACAAACAGCGUUCCUGGGGGUCAAGAUGCCAGGACCAGCGUUGCGUCUGUGAGAACAUACAUCUGGUGAUUCUAAAAGUUGUGUGUGCAUGUGUCCGUGUGUAUGUGUCGUGUGCAGCACAUAGCUACAUGUGUAAAGCUGCAGCCUCACGUGUAGACAGACAUUAGCUGGCACUUCCAAAGCUUGUAGACAGCCUUGGAGGGAGGGUCUCAGCGAAAUGAGAGGCUGUUGAUCUCCACGCACAAGAUCAAAGAUAGAGAUGAAGUGCCAUCUAAAGCCUGCGUUCACAUUUCCUGCAUAGUUGUCUGCAGCUGUGUUCCUUGGUGACUGCUUAAGUCAUGUUAAAAACUCAGACCCGUCAAUUCCCAGUAGCUAAUGCUAGGCUAGUGUUUAAAAGCACUCUCAAAGACAGCUAGUCUGUAUCUUGGGAACUAAACUGUUUGCAUGUUUAAUCCAUCUUUUAGGCUACCUUUGAGUAGACUGUACAGUGCUGUGUGAUAUAAUAUCAAUAAAGUAUACUUAUAAGAGGCACUUUAAUAUUUUCUUUGGAAAAAUCCUAACACACUGUUGUAAUUUUCAGUGUUGAAUAUUGACUGGUGCAUAGAAUCAAAUUCUGUAAUUAAAAAGUAACUAGGAUAGGACAUUUUUCCUGUUAUUAAAAAAACAACAGUUUUGCCAUGUUCAGGCUUUUUAAAAAAUGUGUUUCUGUGCCAUUGUGCGUAUCUAUAAAGAAAAUACAAUUUCUGUCAAGCACCUGUAAAACUUGGCUUUCUAUGUUUGGUUUGUGUACCUGGCAAUCCCUAUAAAGUGAGUGGAAGUAUGACUUUUGAAUUAAAUGAUUUUUCCAUUUGA